GAGCAUACAGCGUAAAGCUAUAUAUGGGAGAAGGCUGCUUAUUGUGAGCCUGCUGUCCGCGAGACUACACCCUGUCUGUAAGUGUCCACCUGCUUGUGUUUCUGUCUGUCCCUGCUUGCUGCUUGAAUGCAAGCCAAAAGUUUGGCGACGUGUUAUAUGGUCUGUUAGUUAUUUGCAGGGGAAAUCUUAUGAGCGGGAGCCACACACAGAACAGAGAUAAAUGCAGUUAGGAAGAGGAUGAGUGAUAGUUUAUCCUGCUGGGUUGUAUCACUGCUAAAAGCAAACAGCACCGAUACUGGAACCCUUCAAAGCUCUUGAAAUGUGUGAAGGUGUCCUGGUGUUCUCGGUACUCUUUCAGCUGCUGCUCAUCUGCAGGGUUUUUAGGGAGAGCGUUUUGUACUCAUCCAGGCUCACAGAAGAGAAGAUUCAGGGUUGGUUUGCAGAUGCACCCCACUGCUCACAGCUUUGGGCAACCGCAUUCUUGUUAUUGCUCAUUGGGCUGGGGAAGAGGACUUGUUUUGGAAAGACCACCACAGAGUGACUGAACCUCAAAGUAUAAUUUCAGUGGGAGGAGGGAAUUAAUCCCAGCUGGUGCAGAAGUUGUCUCCUCUGGUGCGAUUUGAGGCAGUUCUUAGUGUUCAAAUUCAGUCGCUCUGCCAGAGAAGCAAACCUCCUUAGCUGGGGCGUCAGUGCUUUUUUGGCAUAAGAUAUUUGCUUUAUAUAGGAGUCCUAGGCAUGUUUGUUAUAUGCUUAAAAAUGUUCUGAAAAAUCUGUAUAAGGCUGUAUUUUUUGUUUUCUCUGCUGAAUUAAAAAAAUAAUGUUUUCAGCGUUAAAGAGCAAGUGUUUCCAUGUUACAUUAUUCUUAAUUUUCAGGAUGAGUUAGUUCUGGGUUUUUUUUGCACUGUGAACUUCUUUUCCCGUAUGGAUUUUUUUGCAGCGAUGCAGAAUAUAGGUACUAAUAACUAUGAAACCAAAAAGUGUCUGUGUGUAUAUAUAUAUAUAUAUUUAAGAUUUUUUGAGUGACUGAAAAUUGCACCUUUCCUAUAUUUCUUAUGUCUUCACAUGCAUUCAGUUGUGUUUUUCCAGACACAAGCUAUGUCUUAUAUUCCGUGUAAAAGAGGAUAUUAGUUUUUACUUUUGAAAUCAUUAACCUCUGAUCUCUUAAAGGUGACACAUUUGCUACAUUACUGAAGUAAUAACCUCUAAGAACCACUGCUUUCUACCUUCCUUGGAAAUGCUGGUCAGAGCAGAAGACCUCUUUUUAAGUGUUAUUUUGACAGGCUGAGGGAGCUGGGCUUGUCUAGCCUGGAGAAGAUAAGGCUGCAGAGUGACCUCAUUGCAGCCUUCCAGUACCUUUAGGUUAGGGAGCCUAUAAACAGGAGGGGAGCCAACUCUUUGAAAGGGUAGAUAAUAGCAGGACAAGGGGAAAUGGUUUUAAGCUGAAGGAGGGAAGAUUUAGGUUUGAUAUCAGGGGGAAGUUCUUUACUGUGAGAGUGGUGAGGUGCUGGAACGGGGCUGUCCAGAGAGGCUGUGGAUGCUCCGUCCCUGGAGGUGUUCAAGGCCAGGUUGGAUGGGGCCCUGGGCAGUCUGCUCUAGUAUUAAAUGUGGAGGUUGGUGGUCCUGCCUGCAAGAGGGGGGUUGGAGAUUCAUGAUCCUUGAGGUCCCUUCCAACCCAAGCCAUUCUAUGAUUCUGUGAUUAUUUCUUGUGCUACUCAAAGCUUUCUCCAUGCUCCCUUUGCCCCUCUUCCUUUGUAAUGCAAAAAAAAAGAAAGUUUCAGAGCUUCGUGGCAGCCUAAACUGUUGAUUCAAGGAGUUGCUCUCCAGGCUGCGUUCUGCACUUUCCACCCACUUCAUGGUUCUGUUUUUCUCUUUCUGCUUUCCUCUUUUCUUCUUCCCUCUUCUUGAGGCUCCCCUUAGCCUUUCAUAGCAUGUACCUGGGGACUUUUCAUCCAGUAAGCCAGCUGCCUUCCAGGGGCUUUAACCCCAUUUUCUGGGAUGUUUUAUCCCAUUACAAUGCGUAAGAUACUCUGUGUAGAUCUACAGUAGUAAGAUGCAAGUGGAAGACAACUUCCUUAAAAAUAAGACUCCUCAAGUUAUCCUCAUGCAUCAUAAAGAAACAAAGCAGCUAAAUCUAAAAAGUGUAUUUCUUACUGGAUUUGAAAAUCUCUUUUGGCUUUUAAUACCAAGACAGUAAAAUCUCUCUAGAAAUGCAGACUGGGAAUUGCUUGUGAGCCUUACCUGUGUUUUCCCCUGUGUCCCAGGCUUUUCAAAGCAAUUAAAAUUCUGAACGUGUUGGCUUUAUAUCCUCACCUCCCCAUCUGUUUGGGGGUUUUUUGAACAUGUUUAUCCCGUGGAGUUCAGUGACAAUGUGAGUAAUCGUAUGUAUCUUAACAGUUCAGCUGCUUUCCACCUUGAUUAUCACUCUAUGAGAGACUUAUUUAUGAACAGCAAGGAGAUCUGGUUCAUGCCGUGUCACAUUUUCUUCUUUGCAUGCCUACUCAUGCAGUGUUCACCAACAGGUACAAUUCUAGUAAUAAUACUAACCCGCGUUUUCAGCUGCUGGUCCGUCACUCCUUUCACUUCUCAGCUUGGCUGCUGUCUGAAUUACUGAAGCACAUUUUCAUCCCUAAGCAGCUCUUCCAGGGUGCAGAGAAGAAUAAGGGAACUGAGCAGUAAGGCAGCAUUUUCCCAGCAGAGGGAGGUGUUGUAAAGCUCAGCCUCAAGCUGGAUUCUGCUUGCUGGGGACAAAUGUGUGCUUUACAGCUGAAUUUUAUGCAUUUGUUGGGCAGAAGGUCAUGGGGUGCAGAGCCCAGGGGAGGCAGCCAAAAGAACUUGGUUCAUGUCCAGAUCAACAUAAGAUUUUUUCCCACGCUCGCUCUUAUAUCUUUGUAUUAUUAUUCUUGAAAUAACAUCUGCUGAAAGCUCGAUGGCGAGGUGCUGUCGGUAUAGCUGGAGCAGGGACAAGGAGGGCUGCCCAUCCUCACCACAGCACCGACAGGGGGCCACCUCACCAGUCUGCUGCCCCCUCAAAUCCCAAAGUGCUUUGUUGGAUUGAGAGAGCCCCUGCCUGGCUGGGUGUUGAGAGCACCACCAUGCAGCUUCUUGCUUUACUUUUUUUAUGGCAGGGAGGUGCAGCCGUAGAAGUAGUUAAAAAAGACAGCAGCUACUGGCAAAUUGCUGCACUUGCACUUUUUGACUUUGUACGGAUGUAAAUCCAAGUAGGGCUUUGCAGUGGAUGAAGUGCCCCACACUUACUGCAAUCCACACAUUAAAUAUGCAUACUUCAGGCUUGAUUGAUUGCUAAGUGGAGCAGGGUAAGAAACAUCCAAGCAGAUGUUGGAGUCCCAUUAGGCACAAGGAAGGAAGCAUGUAAUUAGGCAAUUAUUUAGCUCCUUGAAUCAACAGUUUAGGCUCCCACGAAGCUUUGAAAUUUUCUUUUCAAGGUUCAAGCGCUUAGAUCUGUGGCUUGAUUUCUCUCUGCUCAUUUCCUUUUAUCUUUAUCUGCUCCAGCACUGGCCCAAGGCAUGGGGCAGGAUUCCAUGGCACCCAGAGCCAUAUGCGAUAUGGACAGCAAACCACGAGCGCAGCUGCUUCUCGUGUCAGUGGGAAGGCUGUCCAAGGAAAAGCAUGGAAAAGAGAGUAGUUAUUGGUUUUUUUAAUUUAUUUUAUUCUUAAUCUUGACUUUAAAGAGUGUUUUCCUUCCAGACCUUGUGAGAAACAGCCGAAAACCAACACCCUGGAUGCAUCCCUCUUGAGAAAACUCAUCCCAGUGAUAAGCUGGGUGAGCAGUGGGGGAUGGAGAAACAAUGUGGGUGGAGAAAUCUGCACUCCCUUCCGCCCCCACUGCUGCCACCUUUUAACUGUGUGUGCUCUGGAGGCGUUUGUAUACUCCCCUUGCAGUGCUCUUUGGAUUUAUUUUUGUGACCUUUUGUGCUGCCCUGUAAACAGCUUUUCCUAUCGCUUUGAAAAUCUUCAAACUGAAUUUAAUCGAAAUUGGGUGGUCUGUUCAAAGUUAAAAAUACAAGGAUGUGCCACUGGAGUGGAAAAUAAAGAUCAGUAACGUUGAUAAAGGCUUCCCUGUGUGGAAUGAGAAUGCUGAAACCUUGUGUUCCCUACUUGCUGUAGUUAAUGUGCGUUCUCUACACAUAAGAACUCAUCGAGUUAUGUGCUGAUUAGAAGAACUUGGUGUUUUGGGGUUUUGUUAUUAUUAUUCCUAAAUCUACAGCAUGGGUUUUAGUGUCAUGAAUUAUGCUUCUCAACACGGUGAAGUAUAACCAGUCUUAACUUGUCGUAAAUGAUUUUACAAUUGCAAAGUUGUGCUGAAUACCCACAGCCACCAAGACAGUAGCAAUUCCUCAGCAUUUUGAGCACUGCUUCUAAACGUGCAAGAAAAAGCAGUUGCAAAACACUUUUCAGGCGUGAGACAUCAGUAACAUUCAGAUGUGACAUAUCAAGAUAAAUGCUCUGUAGGGGUUUGGUGAAAAAUUGAGGAUGACCAUUUUACCACAUAAUAUGGGAUGCAUGAAGGACUGCAUCAUUUCUAUUUAGGUUUUGUCUUUUGCUACGUAGACACAGGUGAGUAUUUUGCUCUAACAGAACGCUGACAGUAUGGUGCUUAUCAUGACCUCAUUGUGGCCUUCCAAUACUGAGGGGAGCGUAUAAACAGGAGGAGGAAUGGCUGUUUAUGAGGGUGGAUAGUGAUAGGACAAGGGGGAUGGAUUUAAACUAAGACAGGGGAGAUUUAGGUUGGAUAUUAGAAGUUUUUCACACAGAGGGUGGUGACACACUGGAACAGGUGGCCCAAGGAGGUUGUGGAUGCCCCAUCCCUGGAGGCAUUCAAGGCCAGGCUGGAUGUGGCUCUGGGCAGCCUGGUCUGGUGGUUGGUGACCCUGCACAUAGCAGGGGGGUUGGAACUCGAUGAUCAUUGUGGUCCUUUUCAACCCAGGCCGUUCUGUGAUUCUGUGAUGAUUAUCAACCAGACUGUAAGCAGAACUUUUUCUGUGGAGGAAGGAGGAAGGCUGGUUGCAUGGGCAAAGAGGCAUGCACUGAAGUUUGAAGGAUGAAUCUUCAAAGUACAGAACAUAAAAGGAGGCGAUGUAUUGCUGGUAACAAGAGGAGCGGUGGUAACUUGGCUGGUCCUCAAAAAUUCCCCUGGAAUGUGAAAGAUCCAAGUAGCCCCAACCUACGCAGGAGGAAUGUGAGAAUGUAAUCUCUUAGAACAGAAUUAUAAACAGAAGGUAGAGGCUGGAAGGCUGGAGAGGGAAGGGGGGCAGUAGGCACUUGCCUGGGGAAUUCUUCCUGCAGUGCUGGCUCCAGCUGUGUUGCUUUCGGGAAACCUUUCACCAAGUUAGUGGGCAAAAGGCAUUUGCAUUCUCCAACACCUCACUGGAAACCAUCAUUACAAUGUGUAUUUGAAAUGGAACUUUGCAUUUGAGCAACUUCAGACUUGAAGCCUCCUUUCUCACGAGGAUUGGUGCAGGAUCCCACAGGGCAGAAAUGGAGUCCCGCUGGGAUUUCUUCCUAACAGAUAGCUUGUCUGUGAGCUUCUCUUGUCUCCAAGAAGAAAGUCUUUUCUAAAGCAGCUUACACCCCCACUGAGGUGUGCUGGAGAAGCCAGUGAAAAACUCAUGCUGCAGAGUUAGCUGACAGCCAGCUCUGUUUUAAGGGGCGGAUUCAAUCCCAAGUGGCUCUGCAAAGUGCAAUUCUGUUACUUUUUGAUGGGCUUAUAUCAUAAUACAAAAGCACGCAUUUUAGAUUGUUAUUGUCUAAAGUUAAUUGUUUGAACAAAGAGGUAUCACUGCUACGUGUGUACUUAAAGCACUGCUGAUAACGAGUAGAGGUUGCUGUGCCAUGGGCGUCUGCCACCUCCGUCCUGAGCCCAUCACAGCAUUCACAUUGCACUGAGUCACUGGCUGACUGCAGGCAGCCGCCACUGCACCGAGCUCAUCCUGUCGUGCACUGAGAAAUGAUUUGAAGCGCUUUGUUUGAAUCUGGAAUGCAGCGUGUUUAGGCAGAUGUUGCGACCGGUCUCUCUCAUUUUCCUGAGGACAGGAGUAUGGCUGAGGAGCUCUUGUUGACGUUUCAAUGUGUGCAGCCUUUGAGCAUCAUAUAAAUCACUCUGAAUCUCUCCAACCGUCAUCUGUUUGGCAUGUUAUGGGAUUCCACAGUAAUUUCUCUUUUUCCAUCGUGCGGUGUUUUAGAUUAUAUUUUGAUGACACUCUGGGCUGAAGCACAUUCAUAUUACAGAAAAUUGCUGUGCUUGGGUUCUGUCUGGAAAUCUUGACAUAACUGAUGAGGAGGGACUUACUCAUUAGUACAUAUUUGACGCUUCCCUCUGCUGCAAGGAUUACAAUAAUGCUCUCUCCUAUGUAUUCCACUACAAAGUAAGCACUUUAACAGUAAUCUUUGAAAUUCACACCAAAUGGAUCGUUUCCUUUCCUAGACAAAGUGUGAGGUUUCUCUGCUUUUAUUAAACGUGGAAACCAACCCUUCCCAUCACAGAAGUGAGAACUGUGAAUUCGGGGUUUGUUUGUGCCAUGAAUAAAAUCAAAGCAGCAUGAAUGUUUUGUCAGUAGCAACGAGGCUUUUGCGAAAGCCACUUUCCAGUUCAAAUGAAGACUUCCAUUCCUGAUUGAGAGGAGACGCACAGCUUGCAAAUCUCUGCCGGCCACCUUCCUGUCCCACAGGAAACCUUCCGCAGUUUCAUUCCUGCUUUGCAACCGACACAGGGACGCUCCAUCGCUGCAGAAUGUGACAAAGACAGGGGGUUGUGUUCUGGUGGCUGAGAGCAGGGGAGGGGGGGGAAAGGUUGUUGUCUGACCAGCGCACUGUUACUGUGCUUCCAGAAGAGUAUUGCAGUGCUGAGUUCUGAAGUUACCUUGAUGCAGUUUGCUGGAUGAAUCUCCGGCUGAGAGUCUGCCUACGUGCUUGAGUAGCUCCACAUUUUUAUAGCGCUUAUAAGUUUCUUUGUGUCAUAAAUUACAGCAGGGAAGAGUUCCUAGCUCCUCGGGGUCCCGUGGAUUUUCUUUUUUUUUGCCCCUUUUUUGCUCGGUGCUGGCCGGGCUGUGCCGUUGGCACCGCACACGCCAGAGCGCUCCUGUCGCAACGUGAGCAAAGCAGCGGGGCACCGGGCAGCCUGUGGCGGCCAUCCCCGAGGUGUGAUCGAGCGAUAAAGGAAACGUGGUGCCCUGCAGGAGGGUGUGUACCUAUGAGGAACAGGAAGCCAGAGGCGGCUGCCUGCCUGCCUGCCUGCCUGCAGAGGUUCGCGGCUCCGGCAGCGCAGGUGUGCAGACGCCGAGCCUCUUCUCUCCGGGCGUCUUGGCAAGCAGGCUCAUCUGGAGGGGAGGAAGACAACUCAAAGCCAAAACACCCCCCCAACAACAACACAAAAGCUCUAGGUAGAGAAAUAUGACAGCCCUACAGCUGAAGGAGCUGUCACAGUCAGGUCUGUACAGGAGGAGACGGGAUCGCCCGGAUAGCGUGGGGCUGCCUGUGUCGCAGGAGGAGAAGCUGAGCAACAUGGCAAACGCACUCGCAAAUGCCAUCUGUGAGCGCUGUAGAGGGGGCUUUGCACCAGCAGAGAAAAUCGUCAACAGCAAUGGUGAGCUGUACCACGAGCAGUGCUUCGUGUGUGCCCAGUGCUUCCAGCAGUUUCCUGAAGGGCUCUUCUAUGAGUUUGAAGGGAGGAAGUACUGUGAACAUGAUUUUCAAAUGCUUUUUGCCCCUUGCUGCCAUCAGUGUGGUGAGUUCAUUAUUGGUCGUGUUAUUAAAGCUAUGAACAACAGUUGGCAUCCAGAUUGCUUCUGCUGUGAUAUCUGCCACAAAGUAUUGGCAGAUAUUGGAUUUGUCAAGAAUGCUGGCAGACAUCUCUGCCGUUCUUGCCAUAACAAGGAAAAAGCCCGAGGCCUGGGAAAGUACAUUUGCCAGAAGUGCCAUGCCAUUAUUGAUGAACAACCUCUCAUUUUCAAAAAUGAUCCUUAUCACCCUGAUCAUUUCAACUGUGCAAACUGCGGGAAGGAACUUACUGCUGAUGCUCGUGAGCUGAAGGGAGAAUUAUAUUGUUUACCCUGCCAUGACAAAAUGGGCGUUCCCAUCUGUGGAGCAUGUAGAAGACCAAUUGAAGGACGUGUGGUGAAUGCAAUGGGCAAACAGUGGCACGUGGAGCAUUUUGUUUGUGCCAAAUGUGAAAAGCCAUUCCUGGGUCAUCGUCAUUAUGAGAGAAAAGGCCUGGCAUAUUGUGAGACCCACUACAAUCAGCUGUUUGGUGAUGUAUGUUUCCAUUGCAAUCGUGUGAUUGAAGGAGAUGUUGUGUCUGCUCUGAAUAAGGCAUGGUGCGUGAACUGUUUCGCUUGUUCAACUUGCAACACUAAGUUAACGCUCAAGGAUAAGUUUGUUGAAAUUGAUCUCAAACCUGUCUGCAAACACUGCUAUGAGAAAAUGCCAGAUGAAUUUAAGCGACGCCUUGCCAAACGGGAACGUGAAGCGAAGGAGAAAGAGAAGCAGAAAAAGAAAAAGCCCAUCUGUUUGUAGACUUUUCUUCUUCUCACCACCACCUGUGCUCCUUUCUUCUUUG